AUGUCCUUGGCUGUGAUAACCUUUCAUUCCCUUAUUCGCAUUCUUCGAUUGCUCGGACUAUUUCCCUAUUGCUUCAACCAUUCCGAGCGGCGUUUCUAUCGGUCAGACAUCGCCAUUGUCUACUCCAUGCUGUACAUCGCAGUAUACGCCUUUGUUUUCGGUCGAUACUUCCUAGAAACGUUCUUUUUUGAAACAUCCACCGGUCAACAGAACAACCAGCUUCUGUUGGGGGCCUCCUUUUGUUGCGCCUACACCGCUGUGAUCGUCACCUGUUUGACAGGGCUUCUUCGGAGGAGUAGCAUUUGCCAACUACUCAAUCACUACGUCCGUCUAUGGUAUCGACUUCGGGGCGAUGUUCGGGAAUGCUUCGAUGGCAAGUUACUGUCGCGCUUCCUUUUCAAAGCGAUCUUCAUCGAUGGUGUCGUCCUCGCUGGAGUUGUUGUCAUGAAAAUGCCUCAGUUCUUCCAAGCCGGUGCCCUCGCAUCGAUAGGAGAUGCGUUGUAUGAAGUGUUUGAUUUCGGUAUAAGUGCCGCAUUGACCAAUUUGUUUGUAGCGGCCGGAUACUUGGGGGCACAUGUCUAUCGGUUGAUAAACCGAAGAAUCAGUAAAAUAAACUGGCAAUUGAAACAGUUCGAGCGGAAUCGUCACUAUUGGAGUGUAAAUCCCAAAAAGCAGUGCAAUCUUCACGACGAAAUGAUCGCAGAACUUCGCCAGCUAGCUUGUUGGCAUGGAGAACUUUCACGCAUAGUGCAUGGCUACUGUCAGAUGUACGACAUCUCGCUGUUGUUGAUAAUCAUCAAAGAUUUUAUGAUUAUCAUAACGGGAUUAUUUGGAAUGUACCGGGCGCUGAUGGCGCAGUUCAAUGGGAAUACAAACGUGUCUCUUGAUUCGUACGGAUUUUUGGUGUCGUUGUCAGUGUUCUCACUUUGUCAGUUUUACUAUCUGGUGGAAAGUUUUACGCAGUUCACGGAAAGAGCAGAGAAAACGGGCUCUAUACUGGAUGAUUUUUCGAGAAGGGAGACACACGAACGAUUGGAUCAGAUGAUUGAGGUGUUCAGCUUGGAAUUACUUCAUCGAGACAAUAGAAUUCAGAACUGCGGCAUGUUUACUAUUGAUUUCUCGUUGUUGUAUGUAGCCUUGGCAACCAUGACGAGCUAUCUCAUUGUGGUGAUUCAGUUACGAAUGACAACAUGA